UGUAGUGCAGUUACUAUGCCUGAACCAGCGAAGUCAGCUCCUGCUCCCAAGAAGGGUUCUAAGAAGGCUGUGACAAAAGCUCAGAAGAAAGAUGGCAAGAAGCGCAAGCGUAGUCGAAAGGAGAGUUAUUCCAUCUACGUCUACAAGGUGUUGAAGCAGGUUCAUCCGGACACAGGCAUCUCUUCCAAGGCUAUGGGCAUCAUGAACUCCUUCGUGAACGACAUUUUUGAGCGUAUUGCCGGCGAGGCGUCACGCCUGGCGCAUUAUAACAAGCGCUCUACCAUCACUUCCAGGGAGAUUCAGACAGCUGUACGCCUGUUGCUUCCUGGAGAGCUGGCUAAGCAUGCUGUGUCUGAAGGCACCAAGGCUGUCACUAAGUAUACCAGCGCCAAGUAAAUAGUGAGUUGACUGAAUUUUUAACU